GACGGUGACUCCACUCCUCCAGUCAGCUGACAAAAGUCGGCGCUUUAACGACAACAAGUCGAAGUGCUCGGUCAUCGUGUCCAUGGUUGUUGUGAGUGUCCCACAGUUACAAUGAGGCUGUUAUUCCUGCUGGUUCUGGCGGCGUUGGCCCUGACGAACGAUGCACUCAUCCGAAUUCCCUUAAAGAAAUUCCGUUCUAUCAGACGCGAGUUGACCGACUCAGGAAGAACAGCAGAGCAGCUUCUGGCCGACAAACACUCCCUGAAGUACAACUACGGCUUCCCCACCAGCGGUGCACCCACUCCAGAAACCCUGAAGAACUACCUUGACGCCCAGUAUUAUGGAGAGAUUGGCCUGGGUACCCCUCCUCAGCCCUUCACUGUGGUGUUUGACACGGGCUCCUCCAACCUGUGGGUGCCCUCUGUUCACUGCUCCAUCCUGGACAUCGCGUGCUGGCUUCACCACAAAUAUAAUUCUGCCAAGUCCAGCACAUACGUGAAGAACGGCACUGCCUUCGCCAUCCAGUAUGGAAGUGGCAGUUUGUCAGGCUUCCUCAGUCAGGACACAUGCACUAUUGGAGACAUAUCAGUGGACAAACAGCUUUUCGGGGAAGCCACCAAGCAGCCCGGCGUGACCUUCGUCGCAGCCAAGUUUGAUGGGAUCCUCGGCAUGGCCUACCCACGCAUCUCUGUGGAUGGCGUGGUUCCCGUCUUUGACAACAUCAUGAGCCAGAAGAAGGUGGAGAAGAAUGUCUUCUCGUUCUACCUGAACAGGAACCCGGAGUCCGAGCCCGGCGGCGAGCUGCUGCUGGGAGGAGCCGACCCCAAAUACUACACUGGUGACUUCCACUACGUUAACAUCACCCGCCAGGCCUACUGGCAGAUCCACAUGGACGGGAUGACAGUGGGCAGCCAGCUGACCCUGUGUAAGAGCGGCUGUGAGGCCAUCGUGGACACGGGGACGUCGAUGAUCACUGGUCCGUCGGCGGAGGUCCGGUCUCUGCAGAAGGCCAUCGGAGCCACUCCGCUCAUCCAGGGAGAGUACAUGGUGAACUGUGAUAAGAUCCCAUCUCUGCCUGUCAUCACCUUCAACGUGGGCGGGCGGGCCUACGCGCUGACCGGAGAGCAGUACGUCCUCAAGGUGAGUCAGGCUGGGAAGACCAUGUGUCUGAGCGGCUUCAUGGGCCUGGACAUCCCUCCCCCCGCCGGGCCCCUGUGGAUUCUGGGAGAUGUUUUCAUCGGCCAGUACUACACCGUCUUUGAUCGAGAGAACAACAGGGUGGGCUUUGCCAAGUCCAAGUAAGCACAUCCUGCACAAGAGCCGCAUCCAAGUGCAAAGCUAAAAAAAAAAUAAGUUUCAGCAGCGAAAACAAAACUGCGCUGCACGUUUUCUGUUGCUUUGCAAUCAAACGAUAUUUAGCAAUAGACUUUGUGUAGAGCCUAAAUGCACUGAUCUGAAUGUGUACGAUUUGCGUGUGUGGAACAGAUUGAAGAUUCGCUCAGUUGUGUGUACCUGAUCAGGGAUCAGUUGGUUGUAUUAGUGCCGCUCUUUUUAAACAUCUAAGUGAUCCUUUUGGUUUUUUUUUUAAUCAGGGGUUAAUUUUAAACAGAACACUUUUAAUUUGUUUUAGGAGGAGUUUGUUCCUCUGCUACGGACUUUGAGAUGUAUCUGAAAUAAACUGUUUUUAAAACGA